AUGGGAUGUCGAAGUUCCGUUGAAAUUAGUAUAUGGCAAAUAGGACUAUUAUUCCUCUUAUUCGUUAUACUACUCGGCGUUGGAAUUACAGGAUGGUUUCGUUCUGGAACAUUAACGGAAAUAACCACAGAUCCAGUGACACAACCAAAAACUCGUUUAAGAACAACAAAAACCCAGUUGUUUGUUGAAGAUAUUGGUUAUCCGCCAGUACUAACAGAUCCAAGUUUAUAUGUUCAAUGGACAUUUUUACAAAUGAAUGAUGUUUACGAAAUGAUAGCUCUGAACGGCGGGAAAAAAGGAGGACUCGCUAGAGUAGCAACAAUUAGAAAACUACUGUUAAAAGAAAAUCCGGACACAAUAACGUUUUUAGCUGGUGAUGUUGUCAGCCCAUCUGCAAUAGGUAAUAGUAUUGUCGAUGGCGCACCUUUAAACGGUAAACAAAUGAUUGCCUCGUUUAAUGUUUUGGGUCUCGAUUUCGCUACACUAGGUAAUCAUGAAUUUGACAUAAACGUGGUCGAUUUGAAGCAACGUUUAACGGAAUCUAAAUUUGAAUGGAUUGCAUCAAAUGUCUACGAGUUAAAUACAACAACACCAUUUCAUAAUGUUCUGCCAUAUAAAAUAAUUAAGAUAAAAGAUGUGAAAAUACUUAUAAUUGGUUUAACAAUUGGUGAAAAUCAAGGUAGUCCUCAAUAUGUUACAAUAACUCCACAACAAAAAUUAUCCGUAUUUGUUUUCAAAUAUUUAAAAUAUUUGAAAAAUGACUUGGGUUUAACAUGGAACGUGUUGGUUUGUUUGACGCAUUUAGACAUGUACUAUGAUAUUGAUGUUGUAGAGAAAAAUUUGGAUAUUGAUGUUGUUCUUGGUGGGCAUGAACAUGAAAACUAUUAUUUACAGCGUGGUGCAAGAUUUACACCGAUUUAUAAAGCGGAUGAUAAUGCCUUCAGUGUGUUCAUUCAUCGUUUUGCCUACAAUACAAAAACAAAACAUUUAUUAAUCUAUUCAACGUUAACACGAGUUACACCAAAAUUCAGUGAUGACGAAAUAACAGCUAAUGUGACAAAUUAUUAUUUUCAAGCUGGUUUAGAGGCUUUUCGACGAAAAGGUUUUGAACCUGAGAAAGUUGUUUGUGUUCUUCCUUCACAUAUGAUUUUUGAUGGACGAUCGACAGUGAUACGUUCUCAACAGUCACUAUUAACUGAAGUUUUGUGUAAAGCAAUGUUACUCUCAUCUGGUGGCUCAGUAUGUGUCUUUAAUUCUGGAGCAAUACGAUUAGACGAUACUAUAUCGGGUGUUAUUACGCAAUACGAUAUACUUCGAUGUCUACCAUUCGCUCCAGAAGUAAUUAAACUUAAUGUUCCUGGUAAUGUGCUGAAUCGUGUAUUAAAUAAAGGAUUAACAAAAAUCAAUACGGGAAUGUUCGUUAGCUAUUAUGGAGUAUUAUACGACCCAUUAAAUCAACAAUGGUUACUAGAAUCUACAAGAGAAAAUAUUGAUAAUUCAAAUUUAAUUAUUUCUACAACAACAAUACUAUAUUUUCAUAGAAAUACUGAAUUAAGUUAUUUACCAAUUUUUAGAACGUACGGUAGUCAAACACAUUCAUUAAUUUCCUAUUUGGAAAAAUUUUAUAAAAAACAUCAUAGUACGUUUAGAUUAUAA